AUAAUAGGAAAAUGGGAGGGUAAGCCAUAGAUGCAACAGUACGUUAUGGGUGGUUGUGGGGCUCACAUUUGUGUUUCUAUUUUUCCUUUUCUCCUUUUCUCCUUUUCAAUUAUUAAAUUUAAAAUUGUCUCUUGUCGGACAACCACAUAUAUAAUUGUUAGGGGAGAGAGAGGGAAAGAGAGGAUAUUAAGGCAUUAUAUAUAUGCAUUAGGGAUAUGUUCCAUAAUAGGAGGGACUUUGCUCUUGCCCACCUUGUACUAUAAAGUGUGUAUCAUCUUUUCUUCUCUCAAUUCUCAUUUCUAUACACCAUAGUAUAGAGUGGCACAGGCAUGGAGGCCUCCCAACCUCUCUCCAUUGAAAGCUUUUCGUAUAGUUGGUUAAUAAACCUGAAACCUUCCUUUGAGAGCCUAGAUGAUUCCCUUAGAACCUCCCUUGAUGUGUCCGAUGAAGCCUCCUUCAUUGAGAUGGACCCAAGAAUGCCUCCCUCUAAGAGAUUCUUUAGAAAUUCCCAGGAUUUCAACUUUGAUUUCCCCAUUUCCCAACCCCCUCUUAGUCUUGUUCAUGCUGAUGAGCUCUUCUCUAAUGGCCUCAUCAUGCCUAUCUUCAUGGAGCCACUGAAGAUGGAGGCAUAUGAUGGGUCAUAUUCCCUUCCAGCCACGCCCAUCUCUUCAUCACAUGCUCCAAAACAUGUACUGUCAGCCACCAACACUCACUGUUCUUCCUUGAGAAGAUGCCGAAGAUUAUCAAAACAAAUCCUUCAGAAGUACCUGGAUUUUCUUAGGCCCCUUUACAGGAGAAUACGUGGUCGCAGAAUUGGGUCCAGAGCUGAAAGUGUUAAUUCAAGAAUGCAGGAAGGGAAGAGCUGGGUUUAUUCACCAGAAGCAUCUCCCAGAACAAGCACAGCCUAUUCUACUGGGGAUUGGCGCAAGUCUUGUGAUUCAGAGAGCUCAAUUUACGAGGCAGUUCUCCAUUGCAAGCGAUCCAUUGGAAAAUGAACGGAGGCUAUUGUACACAGAAAUGAGGACAUCGAAAAUGAAAAAUGGGAGUGAUUCCAGAGGCAUGUGAAAGAGAAGAAAUGAGAGGUCUGAAGAAGAACAUCAGUCACUUGUUCUUUGUCCCUUUCUUCUCCCUCCUUUGGGAUGAUAAUGUAAAUUUGUCUUUUUUAAGGUCAUAGAAACUGUGUGGACAGUCGGCCAUGGAAAUUCUGGCAUUAGGGAGAAAAAGAAGGAUAAAUUAAAAUUUUCUUUUUGUCCUUUUCCGUAUGGGCCAACUGCAAAGAAUCUCUCUCCUUUAUUCCUGUGAAAUUUUAAUUUUUAAUGAAAAUCAGGAUUGUUUCAUUCAUG